UCCAAAAUUCUUGGUAGGACACGGCCCGCCCCCCUUCCUCUUCCAACUCCCUUCAAUGGAGCAGCCAACCCGAAUCCUCUCACACAAAUCCCACUAUAUAGUUUUGCGUCCGUGGAUCCAAGGCAAAUCGAUCGGGAUUCUGGUCACAUAGGUACACAGCCACAGGGUUACCUGUAUCCAAUCACGACCCUCCUUGGAUUAGUACCCGAGUCGGAUUAGUACCCGAGUCGAAUUAGCCACAGCCCUGCAGAAGCACUAUAUAGUCUGCACCCCUAACCCUUCGUCAUCAAAGUUCCGAGACUUUAGCCGCCGCUGCCAUCUAAACUCGUCUUCCGUGAGCCUCACGAUUCUGCCGGUGACAACCAUCUUUCACCUGCAGAAUAGCAGCAGCAGGUUGUCUUGUACUUGUUGUAUAUAUAUUUUAUAUAUACAUAGUGGACUGCGUUUGCGACCCAGUUUGAAUCCCAUGGAAGAGGCGACAAUCUGCACCACAUGGAAUGCUGGCGGGAUGAGUUUGGAUCAGAGGUUUGCAAUAAUUAGGAGCAUAGGCUUGGAGAGCAUUGAUGAGGAUGAUGUUAGGAGGCUACUGGGCAAGAAGGUUGCUCCAGUUUGCUAUGUUUGGUGUGAUCCCUCCCCUUCGGUACAUAUCGCCCAGGGGAUCAUGAUGGUGAUCAAUGUUAGGAAGAUGGUUAAAGCUGGUUGCAAAGUUAAAAUCUUGAUAGCAGAUUGGUUUGCUCGUAUGCAGCACAAAUUUGAUGGUGAUCUAACCAAAAUCCGAACUUUGGGACUUUACAUGAUUGAGAUAUGGAAAGCAGUUGGCUUGGACCUUAACGGGGUCGAGUUCAUAUGGUUGUCCGAUGAAAUAAAUAGCCAUUCAGAUGAAUACUGGGCACUUGUCAUGGAUAUUUUCAGAAAUAAUACUUUGAGGACGAUAAUAAGGUGCUGUGGAAUUGAGGACCGAUUCAUGCUUAACAGAAGUAUUAUUGGUUCAUAUGACCCCAAAAAUGUGACGGCUUCAAAGCUCUUUACCCCUUGCGUGCACUCUGCUUGUAUAUUAUUGCAAAAGGCAGACAUAUGGCUAUUGUCCAUGGAUCAUGAAGAGGAUCUUCAUGACAAGCUAAUUAGACAGUACUGCAAAGGCAUGAAGCAUGAACAUAGACCUAUUAUUCUGUCCCAUAAUAAGCUCCCCAAUUUAAUAGAACACCCUGAAUAUGGUAAGAAUGGGGAUCCAGCUUGGGCUAUCUUCAUGGAAGAUCGGGAGGCUAAUUUAAGUGACAAACUAAGCAGAGCUUUCUGUCCUCCGAAAGUUGCAGGAGGCAACCCAUGCCUGCAGUACAUCAAAUAUAUUGUGUUUCCAUGGUUUGGAUACUUUGAGGUACCUAGGAAUGAAGAGAACGGUGGUAGCAGGAUGUUUCAGAACAUGGGAGAGCUUAUCACUGAUUAUGAAGGUGGUGCUCUGGAUGCCGCUGAGGUGAGGCUGGCCCUUACAGAAGCACUAAGUAAGAUUCUGAAGCCUGUGCGUGACCACUUCGCAAACAACUGUGAAGCCAAAGAUCUGGAGUAUGAGGCUAUGUGGUGUAUGUCUUACUACUAGGGAGUAAAGGAGGGAAAUGAUGAGUUCAAGGAAAUUGUUGUGAAGAUAUAUGUAAGGGCAAUUACGUGAGGUUGAGUACACAGGAAGGUUCAUGAUGGCGCUAUGUAUUGCCAUUUUGUGUCCAUGACUUUGUAAUCUUUGGUAAUCAGUGAUUUAUUUGCAUCAACAAGUUAAUAAA